AUGGCCUCCACAGACAAUUCAGGAAAGAGGUUUCGUCUGACCUACGACACCGAAUUGAUCCAAAAUUAUAUUCAGGGCGAGAUAGUCUCCCCGAAAAAUAAGUUCGAAGCCCUCCAGACAAAGGAUGGCCACACUCUGCUCUUUGGCGUCGACUCUUCCAAUAUAUUCCAUGUCAUCGAAGAGAGCAGCGGCCAACACAGUACAGGCUGGGCGCUGAUCGAUCUUUCCACAGCGGCGAUCAGCUCUCAACUACCGGGAAAGAAGGAUACGAUGGUGAGGACAUUCGACGUCGGGCAGAGUGUUCUCGAUCAAACCAUCGGAAUGGCCAUGGCUGCUCGAGUGGAAGGGAAAGACCACCUUUUCGUAUCCCUGAAGAAUUCCAACUCGGAUACGUCCUGGAUAAAGAACCCGGAAUGGACAUUGGUCCCGUUUGAUGCCGCCAAUGAGACACAACCAAGCAUUACCGUUGUAGGUAUCUGGUUUGCAGAGACAGAUAGUCAGAAACAAUACCUUGUUGUUGAUAUUGAUCGAUCUGGAUCGUCCACGAUGAAGGAUAUCGCACGCUACUAUGUCGAUCCGUCUAUAACUUCUGGUAGUCGCUGGGUUAAACAUGAUGUCCCGGUCGACAUCGCCGCCGGCUACUAUCAAAGCUGUAUCGGACGUGUGCACCGUGGCAGGAUCGACGGAAUCUACACUACUGGAACCUCUGGAGGCAGCCCCCAGCUUGAUUAUGUGCCGCUUGAAAACAUCUUCGGGGAUGGACCGCCCCUUCCAACCCGGUUCAAGCUGCCAGACAACAAGAUCCCAUCCGCUAUAGCCACUGCUCGUAAGGAAAAUGGCGAGACAGACCUGUAUAUGCUCAGUGGCGAGACUCUUUAUCGCAUAGCAGCUGAAAAGCAGACGGAUGAUGCUACCGCGGACGCCGUUCUGACCAAUAGCCUGCUUUCUGGAACUGGAGUGCUACGCGCCAUGAUCCACCAAGAAGUGUUGACUCUUUUCGGAAAGAAUGGGAGUGAUCAGGUCUAUUGCCUUUCAUGCAACAUUGAAAAGGUGGCUGAUCAAAGAGCAUGGAAUGUCCCAGUUCCUAUCUGCAACGGAGUCGAGCAGAUUUCGGCGUACGUGAACAGGGCAGAUGGGGGAAACACCAUAUUCACAUCUGGUGGGGGCAGGCUAGGCAAGAUCACUCAGGACAUCAAUACUCUGUGGAAGUCACAGAAUAUCAAGCUGGCACCAUCCUCAACCACUGAAAAGGCCCUCGUCUUCAAAUCUUACACGACCUUCAUCCAUGUGAUGGAUGACAAUGAAUUAGCGGCCAGCGGUGCCACUCUGAAGGUUUCAACAGCCUCGCGCACACCCGUCUAUAUCAACGGCUUGUAUUACGUCCUUGGACAGAGUCCAAUUGAAGUCAAGGCAGACAGAACCGGCUUGAUGACGGUGAUCGAGGAGACGCCGAAUAUCAACGGUGCAACGCUCACAGUAUCAACGGAUGGAGGUAGAACAAGUACUGCCAUCAACCCGAUGAAUAAGUCCUUUGAAAAGCUUGGAAAGCUCGAUUCCAAGGACUCCCUGCGUGAUGCCAGCUUUCCAUCGGAGACGCGUGGCGGGGGGGUUGUGGGAACACCGAAGAAAAGUCCGCUGGUAGAGCAAUCGACCAAGGAUAGCGACCUCGACAAGGUCGCCGCAAAUAUGGCAGGGCUGAACAAGGCUUGGCUCGAGUCUGGUAUCGAAGCCGUGGUAGAGGUUAUUUGGCAUGAGGCAACACAGGCAUGGCACUUCGUCGUGACGAUCGCCGGGGAUAUCUACCGCGCCAUUCUAGACACAGUGGAGGCCGUUGUUGCUGCUGUCGAGUGGAUUUUCAAUGCCAUCAAGACGGCGAUCAAAGCGAUUAUUCAAUUUAUAGAGUUCUUCACCUUUAACAAUAAGAUUGAAUCUGUGGAGAAAUCUCUCAACGAAUGGGCUGACGUCGACUGGUCACCUCUUGGGGAUAGCAUCAGCAAGCCUGCGUCAAGCAGCAGCAAAAGCAACUCCCAGAAUCAAACGCCUGGCUCUCAGUUGCUAGUUCAUCAUUACAAGAACAACGCCAACAGUGUCAGUGUUGUCGCUGACUCGCCGUUUUCUGGGGAUAUCAAUAAGGACCCGGCUCAGAAAGCCCUUAACGAUCUACACAGCGCACUGUCUAAAGAAGAUAAAGUGAUUUCCGGCUUUCGCGACCAGAUUGGAGAAGUGGCCAAGCAAUUCGCGACAAUGACCAUCGAGGACGCUAUCAAGAAGAUCGUGGCUAUCUUAGUUGAUGGCAUACUUGCCAGCGUGGAGGUGGUGGUCGACGCCCUCCUGGAUCUGCUGCAGGAUCUGGCGACAGCAGUAGUGGGUAUGGUGGACGCAAAGCUGCAUAUCCCCAUUAUUUCUGAUAUCCUGAAUGCCAUUGGUAUCCCAGAUAUCUCUUUCCUUGACCUCUUCACCUGGGUUGCGGCUGUCUGCUACACCGUCGUGUAUAAGAUCGCAAAGGGAGAGCCUCCCUUUCCGGACAACAAGGAUGUACAAUCUGUGAUCGAUGCCAGCAGCUGGAAUGAUCUAAUUAACAAAUUGCAUCCUCCUGCAACAUCCUCAGUCGCUUCAAGUGCCCUCUAUGCCAUGCCCGCCUCGGGGCUCGCCUCUGCGUCAGCUAUGACUCCCUCAAGCAAGCCAACCGUUCUCCAGGAUGUCAUUUUCAUCACCGGACACUCCGUGAGUGGAAUAUGCGGAGUCCUUGGUGCAUUUGUAAACGCCGCAGAAGCUGAGUUUCCAACUGGCGACAACCCGAUGUCCACACCAUCAGCCAUCCUUGGGUUCAUUGGCGCAGCAUCUGAAGCCGUGGCCGAUAUUGUGUCACCAAAGGAUCCCCUUGAGGAGCCUAUCUUCAGUGCGCUUAGCACCGCCACGAGUGUCACGACUGCAGUCUCCAAAUUUGUGUUCAGUAGCUAUGGUCAAAAAAGGCUGAGCAAAUUGGGAUUACCCACAGCCGAAGACCCACGCGGUAUGGGCGCGGGGAUUAACGUGUUACUGGUGGGUGUCGGUGCCGCCACAACAAUCAAACAUUUUGUGGAGCUGGCCAAAGAUCCAGCUGGAAAAGACCGGUCAGCUGCGAUUGUCGGGGAAGUCUCAAAUCUGACUUCUUAUAUCAGCCGGAUCUCGUAUGCAUUGGCUGUCAAUGAUAUCGAGGAAGACACGCGGCAGGUAGUCAUCGCAGUUAUGACUGUGAGCAAUUUAAUCACAGCCGGUCUCCAGAUAGGAGAGGCGAUUGUUGAUUAA